CGCUCGCACUUUUCGCUGACUUCUCCUGCUGCUGUUGCUGUGUGUUUUGCUCACUGCAGCCAUUUUCUUUGGACUGCGUGCUGCCAGCAGGAUCGAACAGCAGAAGUGCGGCGAGAACGGCACGCGAGCUGGGAAGAGCUGGGGCAAGAGGCAUUGGGCAAUUGGCUUUUCAAGGGAUCGCCGCCCGGGCAACAAAAAGAUUCGCUCACACGACCACCGCUUGCCUGCACAUCGAGGGAACGUGAAACAGCACGCGCGUGGCCAUCUGCGAACACCUCGCCAGCCGCCGCAAUGGCUUCCAUCCGAGAGACCUUCAAUGCCUCGUCCACCGCAUUGCCGGACACAAUACACGCCGUGAUCGCAUCCGCCAACACCGGCAUUCUCAGCAAAGCAUGGCAUAAUUUCACACCAGUAAGCUGGUUUGGCGUGUUCCUGACUGUCUUCUUGGCAGCAGUCAUCUACGAUCAGAUCUCCUACUGGCAGUUGAAAGGACCCCUCGCAGGCGACUCAUGGAAAAUCCCCUUCAUUGGCCCGUUCCUCGAUUCUGUCAAUCCUGAAUUUGGCAAAUACUACACCAAAUGGCUGUCCGGCCCGCUGUCAUGCGUGUCCGUCUUCCAUAAAUUCGUCGUCAUUGCGGCCACGCGCGACAUGGCUCGCAAGGUCCUGAACAGCCCCAUGUACGUCAAGCCGUGCGUGGUGGACGUGGCUCACAAGCUGCUCCGCCCCGAGAACUGGGUAUUUUUGGAUGGCAAGGAGCAUGUCGAAUAUCGCAAGGGCCUCAAUGGUCUGUUCACGCGCAACGCACUGGAGACCUAUCUGCCAGGUCAAGAGGAGGUCUACAACGAAUACUUCAAUGACUUCCUCAGUGAGAGCACUGCUGCGGGAGAGCACAAGCCAUUUGUGUACCAGCUCCGCGAGUUGAUGUGCGCUGUCUCGUGCCGCACAUUCGUCGGCCACUACAUGUCACGGGAGCAGGUCAAGAAGGUUGCAGACGACUACUACAUGAUUACCGCUGCAUUGGAGCUUGUCAACUUCCCCAUCAUUCUGCCAUUCACCAAGACUUGGUACGGCAAGAAGUGCGCGGACAAGGUGCUCGAGGCCUUCUCGAACUGUGCUGCCAAGGCCAGAGUCAGGAUGAGGCAAAAGGGUGCUCAGCCAGAGUGCAUCAUGGAUCGCUGGAUACUGCAGAUGAUUGAGUCUGAUCGCUACCGAGAACGCAUUGCCAACGGCGAGAAUGUCCCAGCCGAGGAGAAGCCUGCGAUGAUUCUCCGCAACUUCACCGAUCUCGAAAUCUCCAUGACCGUCUUCACUUUCUUGUUCGCCUCGCAGGAUGCCACAUCCAGCGCUGCAUCGUGGCUGCUCCAGCUCGUUGCUGAUCGACCCGAGAUCUACCAAAAGGUGCGCGAGGAGGCCGACAGGUUGCACCCAUACGCAGACGAGCCAAUCUCCCUGGAUACCCUGGAGAGCAUGACUUUUACUCGCGCUGUCGUCAAGGAGACGCUCCGAUACCGCCCACCAGUCCUCAUGGUUCCAUACCUCGUCAAGAAGGACUUCCCGAUCCCAGAAAGCAACUAUGUCGCAAAGAAGGGCACGAUGAUUAUUCCGUCAACGUGGCUGUCUCUUCACGACCCAGAAGCGUACGAGCAACCCGAUGAGUUCGUGCCUGAGCGAUGGAUCACCGGUAACGCGGAGGAACAAGGAAAGAAUUGGCUCGUGUUCGGCACUGGUCCUCAUUACUGCCUGGGCCAGACAUACGCGACGUUGAACUUGAUGCUUCUCCUGCACAAGUUGACCAAGUCGUAUGACUGGACGCACAAGAUCACACCAACGAGUGAAGACAUCAAGGUGUUUGCCACUAUCUUCCCGAUGGAUGAUUUAUUGCUGCAGUUCACAAAACGGACAGCCGCUUAGGCUGGCUAUGUUUCCUGUUCAUUCCAAUUUUUAGCGAGCGUGAAGCGCAAACAGUGCGCAAUUAGCAUUACAUAGCCGAUGGCUAUAGAGGAUGAAAAAGGCUCUUGUCACUCAAGUGAGGCAGAGCACGACAACCUUAAAUGUAAUGGAAAGUUUUGACCCACG